CCCCAGCCUUGGUUCAUCUCGUCUCCUCUCGUCUCCUCUUCCUGGAGCUGCCAGUCGGAGCUGCUGGUCUCCUCACCCAAUGACUUCUCUGUGACACUCUCCCCCUCCCUGUCUGUUGGUCCUGAUUGGAUUCCUGCUUCGACCUCGACUUCCAUGACGACAGCAGCGAGGUCAGCAUGACGACUGCUGCUUGCGAUGGUUUCAGAUUCCAUCCCCGGCCACGAAGCUGUGCGUUCUCGUAUAUAGCCUCCGCCUUCCUCACUGUUGCUACUGCUUUCCAUCCCCGCACCCGCUCGCCUUAUCGAUAACCAGCUCUUCCAUCACCAUCAUCACCAUCGCCUUCACCAUCACCGUCACCAUCACACAACUGUCAGCUGUCAACCGACUUCACCAUGAUCGAGACACUCCUCAAGGAGACUUGGCCUGUGCCUAGUCCGACCUCGACCGUGGCGCCCAUCCCCACUGUGGUGCCCGGCAACGAACCCAUCUUCCAGGAGAUCCACGAUACCGGCAAGCGGACAUUAUGGGUGGUCACCGUGCUGAUGGCCCUUUCCUCGCUCGUAUUCUACGUCUUGGGAGCUCGUGUACCACUGACCAAACGCGUCUUCCACACGCUCGUCUCCCUGUCCGCCACCAUCUCGUUCAUCGUCUACCUGGCGCUGGCCACGGGCGGCGGCAUGACCUGGAAGCUUGACACGGUCAAGCUGCACAACAAGCACGUCCCGAACACGCACCAGGACUACUUCCGCCAGGUGUUGUGGCUGCGCUACGUGCUGUGGUUCCUGACCGAGCCGCUCAGCCUGCUCAGCCUGAGCCUGCUGUCGGGGCUGCCCGGCGCACACCUGCUGGUGGCCAUCGCCGCCGACUUCGUCAUGCUGAGCUCGGGCCUGCUGGGCACCUUCGCCGGCCACACCUCGCGCCGCUGGGUGUGGUUCACCAUCAGCGCCAUCGGCUAUCUGACCACCGUCUACCACAUCAGCGUCAACGGCGCCCGCGCCGCCAGCAACAAGGAUAACCAGACCCGCAAAUUCUUCGGCACCAUCUCCGGCGUGACUCUGCUGGUCAAGGUUCUGUUCCCUGUUACCAUCGCGGCUGGAGCUCUCGCGCUCAAGAUUAAUGUCGACGUCGAGACGAUCCUGUUCGCCAUCUACGAUAUCUUCUCCCAGGGCCUGAUCGGCUACUGGCUGAUUAUUGCGCACGACAGCGCCCCCGGAAUCACUCUGAACGUGGACGGCUUCUGGUCUCAGGGCGUCGGCAACGAGGGCGCCAUCCGUAUCGGUGAGGAUAACGGGGCCUAAUGUCGUGUUGACGAUAGGGCUGAGUGUCAAGAGGAUCUCCGGAUCGUCUUGGCUACAGUGUGACAAUCAGAUGUAGUUGAUGACUGCAGGCCGGGUGUAAACCUGGCGUUAUGACUUGACGUACUACGUACUGUGCUGUGAACUUUCCUAAUGUCUGGGGUCCAAGUAUGAGUAUGAUUGCAAAGCAAGGAUGCGACAG